CGCAGAUAAAGUCCCAUGUGGAAAUGUUAGAAAAGAUUUCAAGCGCUUCCGAUUCUCUGCAGCAGCAGCUACAGCAAGAGGAAGUGGAAGAGGUAGAAGUAAUUCCAGCUCUAAAGAUAGAUCCAAAGGUAGAGCUCAUGAUAGGGUCAAAGAUAGAGUGUUCACUUAUUGCUAAUCAGAUGGUAGCCAAUGAGAGUUUGUUUGCUUCUGAGACAUUGGCCAAGCUAGAGAAGGAGGUGUUAGCUAUCAAUGAAACGAAAUCCGUUGAAAUAUCGACUGUCUUCAAUUCCGUGGACCAACAAACAAAGGUUAAGUCGAACCUGGAGCAGCUAGAGGUGCAGGAAGGUGGAGGCGACAAGGUCGUGCCGGAAGUCAAAGAAAGCCAGAUUGUGGAAUCUACAGAGAAGGCUGCAACGACACAAAACCGAUCGGCCAGCUUGGUGCACCUCUCAUCUCAUCGCAUAUUGAGUCCCCAGGAUUCCUACCCGGCUAACGAUGCCGGACAAUGCAAGCCAGAUGGAUGCAAUCCAGAGGAGCAGAAGAAAAUUUGCGAAAAUUAAUGGCGAACUUUAAGCGAAAACAAACAAUGGAGGGAGUGGCUAUUUGAUGAUGAGGGAAAAGCAACAUGGACUUUAUGUUGCCAACAAGUACACAAUGAUACACAGAGCGAAGCACACCAGAGAGGAGGGGGCGAGAAGGGGGCGACUUCUCUUCAAUAUUCCACAACACAUUAUGCUGCAUUAAGAAUGGAGCGUCCAACUUAUAAGACACUAGAGCAAGAUUACAAAAACAAAUCAAAAAAAAGCGAAAACAAUAACAUGCGUGCCGAAUGGAUGAAGAACUUCACGGCAUCAUAUUACACAAAAAUACGAUUUCCACAAAAUUCUAGCACUUUAAUGAAAUAUAUUAACUUGUAAUACACCCACAAUGAUUUUGUCAAAUAUACACACAUACACACAA